UCUCAAUCUCCUUUCUCAUCCAUAAUCUUUGAUCCCCUCUCCAAUGGCCACAAUUCUCGACUCACUUCUGCCUCCGCUUCAACUCACAUCACCAACUCGUCCCGCUCUCAACUCGAGUUGGCUCGGUUGCUCACUGCCCAUCUCCACCGACUCCACUCGCUGCCCUUCCAUUUCUUCCAAAACCCAACCGCUAAUUCUAUACAAUCAAAUCAAAGCCUUUGCAGUUCCAAGAAGAACCACAAUGGCUUUAAUCUUCUCAACCUGUAUAUUACCCGAACUCGGUAUCCAUAACUCAGCCAUGGCCGAGUCCGAGUCGCCGCCGUCAAUUGGGUUCAGAGAACACAUUGAUUUCUUCGAUGGGUACUCGUUCAACUAUCCAAAGAAUUGGAUUCAAGUUAAGGGGGCAGGAGCCGAUAUAUUCUUUAGAGACCCUUAUGUUCUUGAUGAGAAUUUGUCACUGGAAUUGUCAUCUCCGUCGUCUUCUAAUUACAAAAGUGUUCGAGAUUUGGGUCCGCCGGAAGAGGCGGGUAAGAAGGUGCUGAAGCAGUAUUUAACUGAGUUCAUGUCGACUAGACUCGGAGUGAGGCGUGAAUCGGAGAUAUUGUCUACUUCUUCUAGAGAGGCCGAUGAUGGGAAGCUUUAUUAUCAAGUUGAGGUGAACAUAAAGUCAUAUGCAAACAACAAUGAGAUGGCUGUGAUGCCUCAAGAUAGAGUUGUUAGAUUGGAAUGGAAUAGACGAUAUUUGUCGGUUCUUGGAGUCGAAAACAACAGACUCUAUGAACUCAGACUCCAAACACCAGAGAAUGUUUUUCUUGAAGAGGAAAGUGAUCUUCGCAAAGUUAUGGAGUCCUUCAGAGUUAACAAAGUGUAAUUGAUUCAUUAUUUCCACAUUUUGUAAAGUAGGCUUAUGCGUUUCUUGAGUAUUUACUCUUUAGCUCUCUCAGUUUACAAUUGUUUCCAUAUUUGAUAGCCUUAAUCAGAAUAUGUUUGUUGAUUUGCUUUACAA